AUGGCAAAGAACAUACCUGAAAGAUACCUACCCCAAUACGCAAAGGAGGACGACUGGGAUGAUAAAGAGCUCCAAGACUUUGUGACGAGUUUCUAUCGCCUCUCUGAUAACCCUGAGGAGAAUCAGCGAUGGGUCGACUCAUUCACGGACGAUGCGAACGUACAGAUUGGCGCCGACAAGGCGCAAGGGUCUGAAGACUUCCGCACUCGGAUGUGGGCGCAUAUCCAAGAGCGUAAGCACACGGUGCUCAAAGUAUUCCCUGGGAAGUUCACUGGAUCGGACGCAUCGGAGCCUCCCAAGCUCAGCGCCUCUGUUGAGAAACCUGUCCAACCCGAUACGUCAUGGCAGUCCCGUGGGAGAAAUGCGGGGAUGGGAGUUGGGGAUGCGUAUUGCCCGUGGUCGAAUGGCAAAGCCCCGGAUCAGCACGCCGAUUAA